AUGGGUCGCGUGUCAAACUUGACAAUUUUAAAAAGAAAGCAAAUCGAAGCAAUACACAAGGCAAAAGCAGCAAAGAAGGCAGAACGUGAACGUCAAGCCGCUGCCGCCGCUUCUGGAGAUUCGACCGAGAACAAAACUCCAAUAAAAGGAAGACCAAAGACGUCCGUGACUGUUGAAGAUGUAAAAGCGGCGAAGACACUCCAGCAACUCAGCCGCCGUCAGAACAAGAAGAAUCAAUCGAAACUCGAUGUGUCUGCUUCUGAAACUACCACCACUCAACAAACUUAA